AUGUUCCUUUUACGGAUUGCAGAAGCUCUUGUGACAAGUGAAGAAUCACAUGUGGCGUUAUCGAAUGCUUCCGAAAAUGAAACUGCUGAAUGUAAACACAAUGUCCAUAAGUUUUCAGAAGAACUGUCUUCGGAAGUUGACAAGUCGUUAUCUUCACAUAUACCCGAUGCAACUUUAAAUAAUCAACCGGUGUUUGAAGGGAGUGAAAAAUUAUCCAGGAUUCGUUUAAGUCCUUCCGUUGAUUCUUCUGUACCUAGUCCAACAUCUGCUCCUACUAAAUUUGUGCAGUCUAGAAGUUCAAAAAUUAACCCUUACCCAUCUGCUUCGUUAAACCCGGUAAAUUUUAAUACUAUACAUCCUUCUAAGAAGGUUCAUCAGGGAUUAUUAUAUAAUUUGCUCAUUUCCAAAGAAACUUCAUCACAAAAUUCUACAUCUAAACCUUCAAUAUCUAUUUCUCCCGGUCAGUCAUUCAUGGAAACUCUAGAUAAUGUGAGGGCAGAUAAUCUACUUUCUGACUCGUCGAUGUUCAGGAAUUCCCAUCAUGCUGAUACAAACUGUUAUUCCAAUUCAACUAAAACUUCUGCAGUUUAUUCUAAUUUUCGUCAUCGGGCAAAUUCUCUUGGUUGUAAACUUUCUAAUAAUCGUCCAUAUACUCGACCCCAUGCUUCAUCUGUUGGUGCAGCUUCUGACUUUUACCCUAGUCUUAAAGCCCGUUUACAACAACGUCGCCAAAUGGAAGAAUCGACACUAGAUUCAAUUUUUUCAAAACCAAAAUAUACAUUAUAUCAUCGAGCACUUUCAAGGUCACAUGAAAAUGCAAUGAACGUUUCACAUAUUGAUACUCGUUCUCAUAGUUUAAGCGCUAUCUUACCUCAAACAUCUAGUGUAUCCUCAUCCGGUGUAUCUAGUCCCCGUGUUCCACCUCAAAAUUUGGCAUCUCAUGCCAGAAUGACGACUCCUUCGCCCAGUGUCACAUCUCAGAGUUCAGGGUUUAGUUCAGCAAGCCUACAAAAAUCACCUCAAACCUCUUCACUCUCCAAUGAUUCUGGAUCUGACGAACCAAUUGAUCUCACUGGCUACUCUGUACCCAUAUCACCUGUUGCAAAUACAUUUGUUUCACCUAAUAUUACUCCCGGUGCUAAUAAUGUGCAGAAUGGAAAUUAUCCCUAUGUACAGCUAGCUAAGAAAACUGCUCGUCCGGUGCAAGCACGAAUCACUGAGUGGUUACGACAGAUUACUGAGUUUGUAGCUCUAUCUACACCUCUUGUUUCUACAUUGAAGCCUAAAUUAUGGACUGUUGAUGAUUUACCGAAGCAAAUAUACCAUUUGAAUAACAAGAAUGUUGUUUUUCCUUGGUUAUCAUUACUUGCACAGUGCUGGCAAAAACUUUUGGCUUUGAGUAUGGUUGAGAAUUCUUUGGAUGUUGUUGUUGUUGAAGACAAAUCACCUUAUGAAGAAGAUCAUCAAUAUCAUGAUCCUGUAAACUUGGAAAUCCCAUGGUCUUUGCUCCUAGAUAUACAAAAGUAUGGAGAGGCAAAAAACAAACGACCGGAUCGGAAGUUCGCCAACGAGCUCCUUCAAUUUUUGUCAGAAAUACGUCAAGCUGGUUUGAGUGCUCAGGAGUUUUAUUUACUACGUCAUGUAAUUCUUUUGACCGUUGAUGAGCCGGAUACGUUGCCUACCUUGGGUUUAAAUGUCAUUCGUGCUUCAAGAUGUAUGAACAAUGGUAGUAAUAAUAAUCGUAAUAGAGUAGAUCAUUCGAAUGCUGUUGCUAAUCUAUUGAAAGAUGGGACUCAGAAUUCUGUUCUUUCAUCAGAAGGUGAACCGCCCACAGUGACCUUUGAUUUAGCAUGUUUAGCUUGUGGACUAAAAGCUCUUCGAUCUAUGUGUCCUUAUCGAAUUGCAAGUUUAUUCUGCAGUCAUUUACGAAAUAGUUCAAUACUAAAUCAAACAUUCAUACUGGAAAUGCAUAAAAAAUAUUUAUUAGCUCUUAAAGAUUUGCAAACAUUUCCUUCUUCACAAAUCACCGCUGAUAUUGUCAAUAAUGGCAUUACCAAUAAUAAUAAUAAUAAUGACACAACUAGCAGUUUCGAUAGUAAUGGUACUGGCAACAGUAAAAACAAUAACAACACUAAUAAUAAGCAUUCCUUGCUUGAAAAAAUACCGGUAAACAAAAAAAGUAUCCUGGAACAAUUGUUUGAUAGUGCUUGA